GCUGCUUUACGCUACGUUUAAGUUUUGAUUUUAGAAUUAAUUACUUUGUGUUAUUGUUUAUGUUUUAGGGGCGUAUACUGUAAUAAGUAAUAAUCAAAGCUGUUGUUAAAUCAUUAUCAUAAAAAAUGGGCGAAGAAACAAAUAGUAACGUUAAAGAAAUUAGAGAACUAUACUCCAUGUUCCAUCAGGAAUACAUAAUUAUGGCAGAAUAUCGUAUGCUGCAAACUGAAAAUUUGGAAGGAAUUUAUGUUAUACCGUCAUAUGAAAACUCAUUUCAGUGGUUUGGUGUAGUCUUUGUGAGAGCAGGGUUUUAUGAAGGUGGAGUGUUUAGAUUCACCCUUACAUUACCUGAUAAAUUUCCCAAUGAAGAAGUCCCUGUUUUAGCAUUUACUUCACAUUUAUACCAUCCUGCAGUUGAUGCCAACACAGGCAUUCUUAAUCUGAGCCAAGUUUUCCCUGAAUGGGACAGAAAAAGGAACCAUAUAUGGCACAUCUUGAAAUAUCUACACCUAAUAUUUCAUAAUUUGAACAUGAAAACACCCACUAAUGUAGAAGCUUCAGUAGCGUAUAAAACAAACAGGAAGAUUUUCACUGAAAAAGUAAAAGAGUGUGUAGUUGCCAGCAUUGACCAUGUUUAUGAUGAACCACCAACGGAAGACAAGCACUACAUAACAUUUAAACCCUAUGACUCAAAAAUCCAUGACUCUGCAAGACAUCAAAUGCUGAAACCAUCUACACCAGAUGAAGGCAUGAAUCAGGGCAUGUCAUGGGUGCAACCAGGAUCUUACCAGCCGUUCUCCAAGGAGGAAACCACAUAAGCUAUUAUAAUCAGUAAUAUUUAUACAGAUUAUUAUACAGCCAUAUUGAACACCUGUGAUAAAGAAGCAAUUACAUAUUAAUAGCAACCAAUUGAUAUCAAAUAUUUCUUCAGAGGUAAUAAUUAACACUUUCACUACCAGACAAAAAACGGCGCACUACCCCAGAAACCGGUAGUCUAUAGCAGCAUAUAAAACAACCCGCCCAGCGGGUUGUCGGGCAUCUGAGCAAAGUUCACGAGCGCCCACCAGGUGGGUUCCUGGUAGUGAAUGUGUUACAAGUAUUAUAAAAGUUUAUUUAGAUAUCACAGGGACACAGCAGCAAGCAAGACUAAUAAAACAUCACUAAAGACCAUUGUGUGUUUGAUAAAGUUUAUUAGCACAGGUGCUGUGACUAUUUUACAGUAUUUAAUAAUAUUUGUUAUGAUUCUUAAGUUUAAGAGAACUAGUUAACAUUUUGUACAAGUAAUUCUAAUAUCAAUAACAAUAUAUUUAUUUAGCUAAUCGG